CAAGUUUCACGGCGAACAGCUUUCUACCGAGUGACCAACCGAGUGAAGUCAUUACUCUUUCCUCCCUGUCGGGGGGGGGGGGGGGGGAGGAGGAGAGGUGGGGCUUUCGGUGGUGCGAACUAAUCUCGCUGCACAAGAGCGGAGUUGUGCAGCGCAGUCUCCGCAACGCCGCGUGUGCAGCGACUGCACUGACAACCAACUGACCUGCAGGAGUCGGGGGAGCUUCAGCCCAUUUUGCACGAGAGCGCAGGACGUGUCUGUUCUUCUUUCGCUCGCGAACGUUAGUAUUUUGGGGUAGACUUUUACCCCCCCCCUCCUCCCACACACACCCUACCCCACCCCGGCCCAGCCCAGCCCAGCCCAGCCCAGCCCAGCCCGGCCCGGCCCGGCCCCGUGCGCGGAUAGCCCGUCCAUUAAGCGUCUGGACGAGUGAAGAGAACCUCCGGGAGUGGUCUUGGAAACUUUGCCAUCAUGACCGCGCGAACGGUCAACCUUGAUACCUACAGUCUGUCUCUGCUCACUGCCAAAGAGGACAUCCUCAAUCCCCGCUCGUCCAUCAACUGGGCCCUUUUCACAUACGAUGGAGUCAGCAACAAGCUCAAACUGGCUGAUUCGGGUGCGGGCGGUGUGGCAGAGCUGGCGGGGAAAUUUCAUAUCUGCAAGCCCCAGUAUGGUCUGUGCAGGGUGGGAGCUACAGAGACCGGAGGCCCCCGUUAUGCUAUGAUCCACUGGGUUGGCCAAAAUGUGGACGAGUACAGAAGGACAGAAUGCGUCACCCACAUACCUGCCAUUAAGAACUUCUUUAAGGAGGCUCAUGUCUUCAUCAGUGCGGAGAAGGCAGAUGAUGUGACGGAGGAGAAGAUAAGAGCCGAGCUCAGUAAAGUGCAGGCCCGUGGCCCUAUGGACCGUGUGAGGAGGAGCUCCAGAUCGGCUGAGAAGGAGGAAACAGUGGGCACCAACUACAGAAAAACUAACGCCGCAAUGGAAAUGAGAAGGAUCAACAGGGACUCCUUCUGGGCCCGUGCAGAGCGUGAGGAGGAAGAAAGGAAGGAGGAUGAGAGGAGAAGAGCUGCAGAGGAGAGACGACGUCUUGAGAGAGAGAGAGUCCUGAAGGAGCGACGGGAAGCUGAGGAGAGAGACAGGAAGAUGAACGAGAAACUGCAGAUGAUCGAGGAGCAGAGGAGAAAAAAGGCGGAGCAAGAAGAAGAGGUGCGCAGACGAGAGAGAUCAAGAUGGGAGCAGCAACAGCGGGAACAUGAGGAGGACAUGAGGGCUCAUCUCAGAAGGAGCGAGUCCAUAGAGAAAGCAGCAGAGGCUGCAGUAUUGGUGUCCCAGCGCUCUAUGAACCCGAGGGAGUUCUUCAGACAACUUUCCUCCUCAUCACAAAGUCCCACCAGCCCUGGGUCAAACCGCUCAGGCAAACCUCCAUUGAGGCGAUACCAGCGCAGCCUGACAGACACUGCCUUCAUCUUCUCCAAGUCAGACAGCAGCACUGCAACCUCCCCACGCAGUCCUCCACUGGUCUCUCCUUUCUCCAGAGCCCCUCCCUCCCCUUUCUACCGCACCACCUCCCCGCCCAUCAGCCCCAACUUCCGUCCAAUUGUGUCUCCGCAAAGGCCCCAAGCCUUCACAAUGUCACCACCUCCGUCACCUCUACGCUCUGCUCCACCUGUCUCAGCCCUGCCCAGCCUCCCGCCGGGCAGCCCCCAUAGUCAGGAUCAUGUCAAGCCCAGAUCUCCCUCUCCAACACAGCCUUCUGCGCCACCUGCCUCCCCUAGUCUCCUAGCUCCCUUCCCUGCCGACUUACCACAAGGAAAUCCUACACAGUCUCAGCCAGAGGGUCUUCCCCCCUCUCCAGUCCUGCAGACCCCGCCCCAGAGCCAGGCCCAGAUACUACUACCUACAAUCCCAGAUACCUCACCCCUGCCUGAGCUGUCUCUUAUUGCUCCAGUCUGCUCUGAGACUGGUCCACUUCCACAAGCCCCUUUAGCGCCCCUCCCCGAGUUCCCACAGCCAAACACAGCCGCUCCCACUGACGCUGAGCUGCUCUCAAACACUGUCUACACAGUGCAAGCUGUGUUGGUGGAGGAAGAUGAGGAAGAUGUGGAAGAUGAGGAAGAAGAGAAGGAAGAAGAUAAGCCUGAAUCGGAUCAACAAACCAGCAUUGUCACCACAGAACUUGUCCAGACUGUUGAGGAACAGGAAGAGGAGGGAUCUAAACAGGAAACAGAAACACCUGUGGACAUAGUGCUGGAGGAAGGAUCGGCAGAGGAAGAUGAGCAGGAGAAUGACCAAUCGGAUUACAAUCAUGCCCCUGCCGAGCCAGUUGUCGUUGAGGAAGAGGAGGAGUCAGCAGUCAUAGAUAUUGAAUCUAUUUCUAAGCAAAUCAAAGAAGAGACUGUGGUCCUGUCAACUAAUGGAUUCACAAACGAGGAGGACAUAAGGGAACAGAACGGCACAGAGCGAUCUAUGAGUCCGUCUGACACAGAGCUCAGCAUGCCGGAGUUGGCUGUAUGUUAUGAUUUUCACGGCAUGGCUGAGGAAGACUAUGAGGAUGAGGAACAGAAGAUCUCAGAGAACGGUCAACAGGUUAUUCCAGAGAGACAAAUGUGUGUUCGGGCUCUCUAUGACUACCAAGCAGAGGAUGAAUCAGAGAUCUCCUUUGAACCUGGUGACAUCAUCAGCGAUGUGGAAACGGUGGAUAAAGCCUGGUGGAGGGGGUACAGCAAAGAUGGCCGCCAAGGCCUAUUUCCUGCAAAUUAUGUAGAGACUAUCUAAGUGGACAGACAGAAACACACACACACAAACACACACACUCAGGGACACUGUUCUCCCUUACAUUUAUUGAAUAGUACAUACAUGUCUAUAUCUUAACACUUACAUUGAAAUUCCAUUUAUUGUUUUAGGUUUCAUGCUCACAGUUGAAAUAGCGGAGACAUUUUUGCGGACCAAAAGAUUUUUCUGUUUGAGUUACAAUACGUAUGUCGGUGUGGCGGGAUGUAUCACAUGAAAAUAACAAAUGAUUGCAAGGUUGCUUGUUUUAAUUGAAUGAAAAGCAAUUUUUUUUGUGUAUAUUUUCCCACUUAAUACACUCAUAGUGCAUAUAUUCCAGUUUGCUCACUUUCUUCUCAUGUUAGAUUUUAAGCUGCAUUACUCAGAAUUCAUGGCAAGACAUAUAGACACAUAUUUCAGAAAUCAUAAAAGUUAAACAAAUACAUCAAAGAAGGUUGAAUCAGUUCGUCUGGAUACAAUGUUUACUGACAGAUAUGUUUUAGAUUAAAUGUAUCUGUCAGUAAACAUUGUAUCCAGACGAACUGAUUCAAACUUCUUUGAUGUUCUUACCUGGAUUAUUGAGCAUGUAUCAAGACAUUAAACAAAUGCAACUUAUUUAGUGGGGUUGUAGGGUUAAGUGUACCAUAAUGUUGAACUUAAGCAUGCACUCCUUUGAAUCUGUCCACAUGCUUCGACUGCCGACUGAAAACCUGUAUUGUAACAUGAUAAUGGAUACAAAAGCUGGGUAAAUAAGCGUUCUGUUUCUCUCCAUCACUGUUGAAGAAGGGGUUGUGUUUUGUUCAUACGGUGAUGUCCUUCCAAAUGUUUGCUGAUUCUGUGCCGAAUCUUAUUUUUCCAGAGACUUGACUCAGUUAUGGCAUUAUGUCGACACACAAUUGAUAUCAUGGAAACAUUUUAUUUGCCCAAGAUUUCUGUUUUUCAAAAUGUUGCUUAUUGUCUUAAUACACUAUGCUUGUAUAUAAGGAUGUAUAGAAGUCUCAAAGUCUUCCUUUUGGCGAUCAUUUGAACUUUUGGUUUGGAUACUCGUAGUAUUCACUCCAAACUUGCUAUCUACAACCUCAAAAUGCUUUGCUGGAAUAUGAGGGCGAGAGAGGCUUUUCACGAGUUUAUCUUCGCUUUUUCACUCAUUUAUUUUGAUAUUAUUGUCUCUCAAGUUUCUCAGUGUAAUACUGGAUGACAUUUUAAAAUGAACAAUUUUAUUAACGUUUUUCAAAGGGAAAGACAGAAAAUGAAAAGAAACAAUACUAAUAACAAUAUUAACAAAAAAUAAUAAUAAAAAAUAAAACAAAAUUACCCCUCAAAAUUCAGUAACACCACCAUAUACAGCAUUCAAUACACAAUUCCACCUCUAUGUCCUUCUUGACCAAGCCACAAAUGGGCCCCAAGUAAGCUCAAAUUGGUCUAUCUUGUCCAAAAGAGAGUAUGAGACCCUCUCAUAGCUAGCCAGCUGAACCAUAGUUGUAGCCCACUCUUCACAGGGAGGGGGGUAUUGUUUUUUUCCAGUGUUUCAAUAGUGUACAUUUGGCAGUUGUGGUGGCCAGGAUAAUCCACCUCUUUUCAAAGGAGGGGAGGCCAGAGUCCUUGAGUUUUGUUGUUAAGCCCAACAUAAAUAGCUUUAUGGUGAUUGGGAAUUGCCUCUUAACAACUUCAAAUAAAACUUGUUGAAUGUUAUUCCACCAGUCCUUUAAGUGCCAGGCAUAACCAAAGUGUAUGUGAAACAGAGGCCCCAGCUCCCUUAAAUUUCCAACAGCAGUCAUCUGGUAUGAGAUUCCUCCUAUGCAAUUUUUGUGGUAUCUAGUGCCAUCUAUGAAUUAUUUUCAGUGGGAUAAAUUUAUUUCCUACUUAUUUGUAUAUAGUAUUCAGGUUAAUUAAGCAUGCUUCCAGCUGUUUUACCCAUUGAUCCUUAACCUUGUUGCCAGAUGACACUUUAUUGAGUAUCCAUAUUUUUCCAAAUCAAAA